AUGGCUGUGAAAAAUUCUGGAAAUGCUCUUCAGUUUGCUAUUGAGUUACGACAGGAUAGAAAUAUUGUUUUACAAGCAGUGAGAAAAAGUAAUACUGCUCUCCAAUACGCUUCUGAUAACUUAAAGAAAGAUAUAGAUAUUGUAUUGCAGGCAGUGGAAGCGAAUGGAAACGCACUUCAAUAUGCUCAUGAAACUUUUUCAAAAGACAGAGAAAUGGUCUAUUUUGCUGUUGCCAAGUAUCAUUAUUUUCACGCAUCUCUGGAUUAUAUUCAUUCAGAUUUAAGAAACGACCGGGAAAUUAUGAUGCAAGCAGUGAGAACAAUUUGUCAAGCAUUACAAUACGCCUCCAAUAAUUUAAAGAACGAUCGAGAGAUUGUAUUAGAGGCUGUGAAAUUCAAUGGUGAUGCAUUGCAAUAUCUUUCUGGUGAUAUUGCAAAAAGUAGAGAAAUUGUAUUGCAAACAGUGAAAUCAAAAGGUUCUGCAUUGCAAUAUGUUUCUGAUCAUUUAAAACAAGAUGCAGAAGUUGUAUUGCAAGCUGUGAAAUGUAAUGGUACUGCACUUCAAUUUGCUUCUGAUCAUUUAAAACGCAACAGGGAUAUCGUUUUAGCGGCUGUUCGAUCAAUUAGCUCUUUGCAAUACGUGAUUGAAGAUUUUAAGAAGGAUCGAGAAAUUGUACUUGAAGCAGUUAAAAAGAAUGGAUAUGAACUUCAAAAUGCUCAUAGUGACCUCAAGAAAUACAGAGAAAUUGUGUUGCAAGCGGUAAAGUCAAAUGGUUUAGCUUUCAAAUACGCUUCUGAAAAUUUACAGAAUGAUAGGGAACUCAUUUUAGAGGCUGUGAGGGAUUAUGAAAAAGCAUUUCAAUAUGCUUCUAAUGACUGUAAGCAAGACAAAUAUUUUGUUUUGCAAGUUGUGGCAUCAAAAGGUGAUGCAUUGAAAUACGUUUCUGAUACUUUAAAGAGUGAUAGAGAGGUGGUUUUUGAGGCUGAGAAAACCUAUAGUCAAGCAAUUAUUUUCGAGGUUGUGAAAAGUAAUGGCAAUGCUCUUCGUUUUGUUUCUGAUGAUUUCAAGAAAGAUCGAGAAAUUGUGCUUCAAGCAGUGAAAUCAAACGGAGAUGCACUUCAAUACGCCUCUCAUCAUUUAAGAAAAGAUAGAGAAGUGGUAUUAGCGGCUGUAAAAUCGAAUGGAAACGCUCUAAAAUAUGCUUUUAGUGAAUUAAGAAAAGAUAGAGAAAUUAUGAUGGAAACAAUUACAAGAUCGAGCAAUGCUUUACAAUAUGCUUCCAAGGAGCUUCAGAAUGAUCGAUGUUUCGUUUUCAAAGCAGCACAGAGAAUUGUUGCUUUUGAGAAACAACCUCGUUCUAAAGACCCACAACAAACUCUUCGUUUAAGUCAAAGAUUAGUACAACUUACGAAUUGGUUUUCGUACAAGUUGUUCAGUGAUGAGGAUUUUGUGACAACUAUUGAAACAAUGGACGAAAUACGUUUGCAAGAAGAAUACAUUCCAUCGAACAUUAUCGACGAAGAGAGUCCAUUAGGGUUGAGCAAUGAGUCCAAUGACAAGUCUUGUUCGAUGUCUGAAACUCUCUCUGGAGACUGUUCUGUGACACAUCCACCACAGACCACAGUGUCUGAAAAAUUUGCGACAAUUUCUGAAAACGCAUCACAAAAUGGUCAAAAAACAAAAUGUUGUGAAAUGUCCAGCACCUUGUCAAGCCCUUCACACGACCAAUCAGUGACACCUGAAAGAAUUGUUGUCAAGCUUGAGAAUGAAAAGAAACGAGCUGCAAGGAUCAAUAUUGUUGAACGUUCAUUGUACUCUUUUAAGGAACAAGUGAGAUCUGUUUUCACAGAUUUAUUGAACAGAGAACUCGAAUUCACGUAUUUCGACCCAAUGUUUGGAGAAAUGUAUAUUUGUAACGAUCAAGACUUGAACGACUGCAUUGAAUUGUUUAAGAGUUCCCAACUUGAAACCAAAGACAAAUUUAUUCGCAUAGUCGCAAAGGAAAAAGUACCAGAAUCAAAGGACACCACAAAUAAUUCAACCAAUAACGAAACAGAUCAUUUACCAGCAUGUUAA